CUCAGGGAGGAACUGCCGCGCUCCGGCUGACUCCUCCGCCGGCAGGCGGGCGGGGCGGGGAAGGGGGCUCCGGGCGCGGUGGGAACCGCGAGACCCAGACCUGGACGCCGACCGCCGCGGGGGGCGCGCGGCCCUGCCUCCGCGGGCUCCCGCGAGCCUCCAGACAAAACCCCAAUUCAGAAAGAGGUUGCGAGCGGCAGGCGAGGAGGUCUGACCCCCGCCAGGGUCCCCCCCGCCCCCGGGACGGCCGGCCUUGGGAGCGAUGAGCCAGGUGCUGGGGAAGCCGCAGCCGGAGGAAGGCGACGACGACGAGGAGGAUGAGCUGGUGGGGCUAGCUGACUACCGGGACGGGCCCGACUCCUCGGACGCCGACCCCGACAGCGAGGCGGAGGAGGGAGUUCUGGACUUCAGCGAUCCCUUCAGCACUGAGGUGAAGCCGAGGAUCCUGCUCAUGGGCCUGAGGAGAAGCGGCAAGUCAUCUAUUCAGAAAGUUGUCUUUCACAAAAUGUCUCCCAACGAAACUCUGUUCUUGGAGAGCACAAACAAGAUCUGCCGGGAAGAUGUUUCCAAUAGCUCCUUUGUUAAUUUUCAGAUUUGGGACUUCCCAGGACAGAUUGACUUUUUUGACCCUACAUUUGACUAUGAGAUGAUCUUCCGAGGAACAGGAGCGCUGAUAUUUGUCAUAGACUCCCAGGACGAUUACAUGGAAGCCUUGGCGAGGCUCCACCUCACCGUGACAAGGGCCUACAAAGUGAACACUGACAUCAACUUUGAGGUGUUCAUUCAUAAAGUGGACGGUCUGUCAGAUGAUCACAAAAUUGAAACCCAAAGAGAUAUUCACCAGAGGGCAAAUGAUGACCUUGCAGAUGCUGGAUUAGAAAAAAUUCACCUCAGCUUCUAUUUGACAAGCAUAUAUGAUCACUCAAUAUUUGAAGCUUUCAGCAAAGUGGUUCAGAAACUGAUUCCACAACUCCCCACCCUGGAGAAUUUGCUAAACAUCUUUAUCUCGAAUUCUGGAAUUGAAAAGGCAUUUCUCUUUGAUGUGGUCAGUAAAAUUUAUAUUGCAACUGAUAGUACCCCAGUGGAUAUGCAAACCUAUGAACUCUGCUGUGAUAUGAUCGAUGUGGUUAUCGACAUUUCUUGUAUUUAUGGUCUCAAAGAAGAUGGAGCAGGAACCCCCUAUGACAAGGAAUCAACAGCCAUUAUAAAGCUGAAUAACACAACAGUUCUUUAUUUAAAGGAGGUGACAAAGUUCCUGGCUCUUGUUUGCUUUGUCAGAGAGGAAAGCUUUGAAAGAAAAGGGCUUAUUGACUAUAAUUUUCAUUGCUUCCGGAAAGCCAUCCAUGAAGUUUUUGAGGUGAGAAUGAAGAUGGUGAAAUCGCGAAAAGUUCAGAAUCGGCUGCAGAAGAAAAAAGGAGCCACCCCCAAUGGGACCCCUAAUGUACUGCUGUAGUGAGGUUGCAGGAGUAUCUUUUGAAACCAGGACCUUUCAGUGAGGCUGCUGAGCUGUGUUGCACUAAAGGAAAAGGAAAAAGGAGAAUGGGACACAUGAUGUACUUGUUGUAAGAAAAAAAAAUUCCUGCAACUCUCUUGAUCUUCUCUUUUUUAAAUAAAGUGAGCACUUUGAAGCCAAAACUUGUAUUUUAA